AUGAGGCAAAGAGCAGAAUUCGACUGGGAUAAAGAAACCAGAUCAUCUUUACUGUCAGCAUAUUUCUAUGGCUACAUUAUAACCCAGAUUCCUGGAGGUUGGCUUGCCGAUAGGUUUGGAGGUACACGUGUAUUUGGGAUCGCAAUGGGUGUUUCCGGAAUAUGCACUGUGUUGUUACCGGUUUGUGCCAGAACCUCAGUCGUGUUGGUAUUUAUUCUUCGUGUGAUAAUAGGACUAGUUCAGGGCGUAGUUCAUCCGGCGUGUUAUUCCUUAUGGGGAAGAUGGGCGCCUCGAUUUGAGACAAGCAAAUUGUUAGCAGUAUCGGGUGUUGGAGCUGUCAUUGGCAUUAUAACAACUUUUGCAACCUCUGGAUUGUUAUGUGAAUAUGGAUUCGAUAAUGGAUGGGGUUCCAUAUUUUAUAUAUCAGGUGGUCUGUGUUGUGUUUGGACGGUUCUUUGGUUUUAUAACGUAAGAGAUUCACCUAGUAAACACCCAAGGAUUUCCGAAUUGGAAAGAGCGUAUAUCGAAAACAAUGUCGCAUUUGAUACAAGAAAAAAGAAUCUGACGACACCCUGGAAAGACAUGGUGAAAUCUGCCCCACUAUGGGCGUUACUUAUAUGUCACUCAUGUAGCAACUGGGCGGAUUAUACAUUGAUGACAAGUUUGCCUGUAUUCAUGAAAGAAGUAUUGAAGUUCGAUAUUAAAAGUAACGGAGCAUUAUCAGCGACUCCAUAUAUAUGUUCCUCCGUUAGUGUUUUGUUGGUAGCACACUUAGCAGAUAGACUUAGAAGUAAACACAUACUUACAACGACUCAAACAAGGAAGAUUUUUCAAAGUAUUGGCAAUUCAGCAUUUAUUGGAGGGUCAAUUUUUCUGGUAGCAACAGGAUUUGUUCCAUGUUCUAAACGGGAACUUGCAGUUAUUUUUCUUUGCCUUGCUGUCUUUACAAAUGGAUGCAAUGCCGCUGGAUACGGUGCAAAUCACAUUGAUAUAGCUCCUAAGUAUGCAGGCCUUCUAAUAGGAAUAACAAAUACUGCUGCAACAAUUCCAGGAAUUAUUUCACCUAUGGUUGCUGGAGUCUUAACACCAAAUGGUGAUUCAGAAGAAUGGCGGAAUGUUUUUUAUGUCGCUGGUGGGUUUUAUAUUUCUGGAAUGGUGAUUUUUGCAAUCUUUGGAAGUGGAGAAGUUCAACCGUGGGCUAUGGAUAAGGAAAUUGAGAUCAAAGUGUCUUCUAGUCUUUUAUUUCCAGACAAUGGAGACAAUGAUAAGAAAGUGGUUUCUGGAAAUGACACAGUCAAACAACGUCUUUUCAUUGAAAAUAAUGACAACCAUAAUGAUUUGGAUGAUAUUCAAAAUACAAAACUUGAUUAAAAUUCAGUAUUA